AUGGCCAGUAAUAUUGACCAAUGGGCCUAUGUGGAGGCUGAAAAGGACAAAGCUAAUCUAGCCUUCGAAGAUGAGAAACAAAUGGCUCGUUUUGAGCUCGGUGUGUCUGUGGCCGUUUACAAGUGGGAACCUCUGGAAUUGGCGGUUCAAAACGGAUGGGGUGGUCCAGAGUCCGCAGAAAAGAGAGACUGGGUAUCAGCCAUUGUUGUCGAUCUUUUCAAGAACGGCAAGAUCGUGGAGGUUGCCCUGAUAGAGGAGACACUACUGUACGCUAUGAUGGAUGAGUUCGAAACCAACGUUGACGACGAGUCUGCCCUGCCCAUCGCAGCGCUCAUUCUGGAUAUUUACAAGCAGUGCCAAGCAGAAGAUUACUCUACCGUGGAAAAGCUUUACCUAGAGUGGAAAGAAAAGCAGGAAAGAGUAGAGGUUAAGAGAAACAUCCAGAUUGGCAAUGACCCGUGGAACCCAGACGUCUCAGACAGCGAAAACGAUGACGAGGAAGAGGACCAAAAUGACGUAGAAGCGUCAGUGCCUUCUCUGGUUCAGGAUACUGACGUGGACAUGGAUGCUGAGAACGUGGAGCCCGUGGUAGAUGAAGACGGCUUCGAACUCGUGCAGAAGAAAGGCAGGAAAUCUAGACAUUGA